ACGGAUAUUACAGGAUAGCGACGGUUAUGUGACGAGAGCGUUUGUUAGGCCUUUCGUGCGUCACGCUUUACUUCCAGACACGUAUGUUAACGUUACAUCAGCGAAAAAACAGAUCUUUUUGUGAAAGGAAGCGCGACGGGGAGUCACGAUGACAGAGGAUAAUCGAAAAAUUUCCGUAAACAAAUGGAUCUCGAGAAUAGUAAUUGCCACAAUUGUUUUGCUCAUCAUUCUAAGUUUGCCGGCUAUCUGCGAGAGUGCUGACGAGUCGCCGAGUUACAAAUAUACGAAGGAGGCCAACGAGAAUUUGAAACAAAAACAACAUUAUCAUGACGACCACGAACACCAUCACUCGGAUCACGAUCACAGCCACAAGCAUGGUAACCAUGAAGAUGACGUUUUGCGGAAGAGUCACAACAUCAUUCUCCGAGCUGUUGGAUCGACCUUGAUCAUAUCCGCGGCUCCUUUUUUUAUAUUGUUCUUCGUUCCACUUGACAAUACCAAGCAGCGCGAAUCGCUGCUGAAAAUUCUAUUGAGCUUUGCCUCCGGUGGUCUGUUGGGUGAUGCGUUUCUUCAUUUGAUCCCUCACGCAAUGGACCCUCAUUCGCACAAAGAGGAGACACAUUCCCAUUUUCAUGGACCUGAAGAUCAUUCACAUGAUCAUUCGCAUAACAUAUCUGUUGGAUUGUGUAUAUUGUCAGGAAUAACGGUGUUUCUGAUAGUAGAAAAAGGAGUGCGCAUCAUUAAAGGUGAUCAUGGUCAUUCCCAUCACAACGUUGAAAAAGAAGAUACAUCUUCCGAGAAGAAUAAGGAGAAAAAGAAUAGCAACAAAGCGGCCUCCAAAAUGCACGAGACAUCUGGCAGUGACUUAAAAAUUGCCGGCUACUUGAAUCUGGUUGCAGACUUUCUGCACAAUUUCACUGAUGGUCUAGCCAUAGGAGCCAGUUACAUGGCCGGGACUAGUGUUGGUUAUGUAACAACGUUCAUGAUUUUAUUGCAUGAGAUUCCACAUGAAAUCGGUGAUUUUGCCAUUCUAGUACAAAGUGGUUAUAGCAAGAGAAAGGCUAUGAUGUUACAGUUGGUAACUGCUAUAGGAGCUUUGUUAGGAACGUUUGUUUCUUUAUUGACGGAAGGAAUGGGUGAUCUUGCAACAAAAUGGAUUCUUCCGUUUACAGCAGGAGGCUUUAUUUAUAUCGCAACUGUUUCCGUAAUACCGGAGCUUCUGACCGCAACAAAACUUCGACAGUCGAUUAUGGAGAUCUGCGCGCUUGUUUUCGGAGUAUAUAUGAUGGUGCUCAUAUCGGACUUUGAAUAGGAGAUAUACUUAUUUAAAACAGGUUUCAUAUUUUGAUUUUCAUUUUGUUCGUUCUCAUUGACGUCUAAAGAAGUUUUGAUAACUGCUAUAGUAGCAUCGUGUAAAAACAGUCAAACAAAAAAGUGCAAUUUAGUUGUACGAUACAAAUUAUAAUUUUGUUAAAAAAAAAAAAAUACUAGUAGCACCAUUUGUUUUACGUUGUUGUCACUUUCUUUUUUUUUGUGAUCAGUCAUUGCAUUUAUUCGAAAUGAGUAUAAUUGUAAGUAUAUCUUAUAGAUAUACAUAUUGUGCUAUGCUUUAUUUUUUUAUGACAAACUUUGCGACUUCGUACGUACUAUAGAACUUAUAGCAUAAGACAAUAUUGUAUCGAUUUUAAAAUUUACAUAUAUAUUUGUUUCGAACUCUUUCAUUUAAACUGAACAAUUUUCGUAGACAAUUUUUUUCUGUGCAAAAAGUAAUUUGAUAUAUUAGAGCUUGUGUGUUAUAUAUAAAAAUUUUGUAUUUUGUAUUAUUAUAUAUCAUGUCAAAAUACACUUUACUUAAAUAUAUGCAAUACAUUUGUUAAGACUGAGACUUGAUUGUUAUUUUACUAUUUUUGCAUGC